UUACAAACGCUCGAGCGCGCGGGCAGCGCGUCUCCACGGAGACAGAGCGGAGCCGGAGCGCAGGAAGAAGGAAAAGAGAGAGAGAGAGAGAGAGAGAGAGAGAGGAUUGACUGGGAGGACGCUGCGCGCGGAGCUGGUGUUUGGAGACAGUACUGGAGUAGUGAGGGAGAGCGUUGUGGAUCAGGAGGAGGAGAUGAGCGCUUCACUCCGCUCUUCAGCUCUAACUCUGGACCCGCUGCUGGACUCACGGAGCGCCCGGGAGGAGUAACGUUAAUCAUCGCUGUGGCGCGCGGGGGGCGCGCGCGUGGAGAUGGAGAGCGGAGCCGCGCGCGCGCUGCUCGGCGAGCCUGCGCCCCGUGGAUCUACUGCACCUGUACAAAGUUCCAGAAGCGCGCGGGAACAUGCGUGAUGGAGCGAUAGGAGCUCGAGGCUUUGCGCUCAGAGAGGCCUGUGUGUCAGUUUAAGCAAUGAUUGCAACUGGAGGAGUGAUCACAGGCCUCGCGGCCUUGAAGAGGCAAGACUCUUCCCGCUCGCAGCAUCAUUUGCCCAUCCAGAGUCCAUCCGCUCAACCUGAGAAGAAGCGACAGAAGCGUAAACCUCGCACAGAUGUGGUUGUGGUACGUGGAAAAAUACGACUGUAUUCUGCCUCUGGCUUCUUUUUGGUCCUGGGCGUUCUGAUCCUUAUGGUGGGCAUUGCCAUGGCUGUAUUGGGCUAUUGGCCUCACAAGGACCAUCAGAGGUCACUAGAGACUAAGCUCUCUAGCAACGACACACAGUUGGCGGGGGAACAGGUGGGAACGGUAGCACAGUUUUUCGAGCAACACCUGCAUUCAGAGAAAAUGAAAAUGCUCGGACCCUUCACAAUGGGCAUUGGGAUAUUUAUCUUUAUCUGUGCUAAUGCAAUCUUACAUGAGAACAGAGACCGAGAAACUAAGGUUAUCCACAUGCGGGACAUGUACUCAACUGUCAUAGACAUCCAUAGCUUGAGGAUAAAGGAGCAGAAGUGUAUGAACGGGGCCUACAUGGGGCCCUACAUGGACCAUGAGAUCCGAAACUUUGGUUAUGAGAGCCAGUAUGCUUCACGGCUAGCUGCCAACACGCUAAUGUCAUUUUCUGGCUUUGGCGGAGAUGUUCGACUCUCCCGGCGCACCAGCUCGGCUGAGGACGAGGAAGGUCUAAUGGGGGAGGCUAAAGGUGGCUCGAGCUUGUUGUCACCUGGCUAUAGGGAACGUGCUGGCUCUAUCUUCGGGUUCCAGCCGGAGGGAAUUCGUCACUGGGAAGACAAACGUAGAGACCUGAAGAAGUGCCAGACACGGUCCAUCGUCUCAUCCUCCAUUAGCGCUUUCACUCUCCCAGUGAUCAAGCUCAACAACUGUGUCAUCGAUGAACCUGAUAUCGACAACAUCACUGAAGAUUCUGAGCAGCUGCGGGACCGGUCAAGACCUCCAUCCAUGGAGUCCUUGGCUGUCCCUGUGCCAGAUAUUUCCAAAGCCUUUAAGCCCCCUGGUACCUUGCUGCUCCGGAGCAACUCUGCUAUAGAAUGCCCCACAUCUGGUUCCUCACAGUCCUCCCUGUCCCCUGGAUCCACCAGCGGCUGCUUUCUGUCUCCUGGGGCAGCCAGGAAAGACUUUGGAUCCAAUAACUCUCUGCACAUGUUGUCUGCUCACUCUAAGUCUCUGGACCUGGAGCGUGGUCACACCACGCUAACUGUCCAGCCAGAACAGCGCAAGCACCCCAGCUGGCCCAGGCUGGACCGCAGCAACAGUAAAGGCUAUACCAAACUGGAGAAUAAAGAAGACCCGAUGGACAGGCUGCUGGUGCCUCCGGUGGCUAUCAAAAGGGACUACACCAAAAAGGAGAAGCUGCUCAUGAUCUCCAGAUCACACAACAAUCUGAGUUUUGAACACGAUGAGUUUAUGAGCAGCACUCUAAAAAGAGGGACUUCUGAGACCAGAUUUUAAUACGGACCUAAACUGAGGCCUUACACACACACAUCCAUGCUCCAACACACACACACACACACACACACACAUAUGUUCGCACAAUGUCACAGUGGCUACAACAUUUUGCAAUACAUGAAUCUACCAUUCUCUGAUAUUCCCGCAGUGAUUAUGUGAACUCAUGAACACUCAAGUCCCACGGACUGCAAGCUCAGGUGGUCAUUCUGAUCGACACAGACAUAACAGAUUGUUUCUGAAAACAAAUUAUUGAGUUGUGAAAUUUUUAUCCCCACAUAGCGAGUAACCAGAAGUUUAUAGUCAGGAUAUCCAGCAAAGCAGAGGAUGAAGCAGUGUAAAUAGACAGCAGUGUACUGUGUUUCUGUUGUCUUUGCUAACCGUUCAGACAGGACCUGUUGUUUGUUUUGAGUAGAGUGUGUGCGUGCAUUGUUGUACCAGAGCAGGACAGUUAUUUUGCUAUGAGGUUUUAAAUAAUUUAUUGUUCAGAAACACAUUGCUAUUUUUGAAGUCAUCAAUGUAUUAUUUAUCUGUUUCUCAGAAUAAAAGUAAACCUUUCACAUAA